AAACUGCUUACAAUGUUAUUGACUUCAAAAAUAUUUUUCAAUGUAUUUUAUUCAUUGCUUAUACAGUACUAAAUAUAUACCAAAAUAUAUUAUAUUACUUAAUAUUUAGUGUUUGUUGUAUUCAAUUAAAAUAAUACUCAUUUAAUUAGUGAUGUGUUUUGUUUGGUUAGUUUAGUGACAACUCAUACAUGACAUCCCAUUAAAUAUUAUAUAUCAUAUAAAUCAUUGAUUAGUAGUGACCAUCACUUGAUAUGUUAGCCAAAGAUGUUUGAAUUGUUGUUGUGUUGAUGUGUGAGUGUGUCUACGGAUGACAACUGAGCGCCUAAUGGAUGGCAAACAUGACUGACCUGUCAUACAUUGUUUAUCUGAAGAAGUGAAUGGAUCUUCAGAACAAUACCUAUCAGAACAGUAACUUUCGAUACGAGGGUUCGGCCACACCUUCAAUGGUGUCAGAAUCGGGAGCAAUGAAUCAUCCGUUGCCACCGACCGGCUACUAUGAAUUGGAUCAAUCGCAACACCAGCCCUUACCUAAUCAUACGUUGAAUCCGGCAAUUGAAGAUCCGUAUGGCUACGGCAGCCGGCCUUCACCACAAAUGCAUAGUCCGGGCGGCAGUUUCUACAAUACCUAUGACAACGCACCGCAGGGCUAUCUGGACAAUAGACCUUCGUUUGAUGACUACGCCAACUAUGUCGGGCCAAUGCAUGGGCCGCAGUACAACAUGACCGCCAGUCAGAUACCGCAAACUGUUUACGAGGAAGAGUCCCCUUAUGUGUCAAAUUCUCACCCAAUGAUGGCACCGAUGCGACCGAUGGCCGGUGUCGAGCAUCUCGUUCUUCCCGCUGACUCUUCCGGUGACGUGCGCUAUAGAGACCCAGAUCUUCAUGAAGUGAUUGAGUUUUUAAACCAUCCCAACAACAUUGUGAGGGCCAAUGCGGCCGCAUAUCUACAACACUUGUGUUUUAUGGACGACAACAUGAAGUCUAAAACACGUGCGUUGGGCGGUAUUCCGCCAUUGAUUAACUUAUUAUCACAAGAAACGCCUGAACUUCAGCGCAAUGCGUGCGGCGCUCUUCGCAACCUUAGUUACGGCCGACAAAAUGACGAAAACAAACGGGCCAUUCGUAACGCCAGCGGUAUUCCCGCACUGGUCAGACUGUUAAGGAAAACAGUGGAUAAUGAGAUCAGAGAACUAGUGACAGGUGUUCUCUGGAAUCUGAGCUCAAGUGAAGAGCUUAAGAGACCCAUCAUUGACGACGCACUGACUGUUUUAGUGAAUGUGAUUAUUAUUCCUCACUCUGGUUGGGAUCGCAGUAUUGAUCCCAAUGUCGCCGCAGCGCCCGGAGUCAUGAACAACUGCGGUGACAUAUACUGGUCGACAGUGUUUAGAAACGGUUCCGGUGUUUUACGGAACGUGUCAUCAGCCGGAGAGUAUGCCCGACGAAAACUCCGUGAGUGUGAAGGACUGGUCGACGCAUUGCUAUAUUUGGUGCGGUCGGCAAUCGGCAAGAAUGAUAUGGACAACAAAUCUGUAGAAAACUGCGUCUGUAUUCUACGUAAUCUUAGUUAUCGAUGUCAAGAAGUGAUUGAUCCCGAAUAUGACAAACACUAUUACGCCAACCAAAACAACUCUCUUAGCCCAUCGUCAUCUCGAGCGGCAGCUAUUAUGGGUGGUCUCGGAAACAAAGUCGGCGACAAUUUGGGCUGUUUUGGUGGAUCCAAGAAAAAGUCAAAGGAUUCAUCAACUUCGCUGACAUCGCCAUCAGCUAUAAGUUCGCCAAUCAGCUCAUUAGAUACACAAACAAAACAGUUGACCAUUUCGGGUAACAGUGGUGCCAAUGGUACUGUCAGUCCAAUGUCGACAAUCCAAAGGCCGCGAUUAGAGCCAGCCCGAGGAAUGGAAUUGCUUUGGCAGACGGAAGUAGUUCAGCCAUACUUAGCACUGUUAUCUGAAUGUUCCAAUCCUGAAACCCUUGAAGCAGCUGCCGGUGCAAUACAAAACUUAUCGGCAUGUUUUUGGCAGCCAAGUAUCGACAUUCGUGGAGCUGUACGUAAAGAAAAAGGUUUACCUAUUUUGGUGGAACUGCUACGUAUGGAAGUUGAUCGAGUAGUGUGUGCAGUGGCCACUGCUCUGCGGAAUCUCGCUAUGGAUACUCGGAAUAAGGAACUGAUCGGCAAAUAUGCACUUAAAGACUUGGUCUCGAAAUUACCAAAUGGUAAUCCACAGCACGACUCUAAUGCCAGCGAUGACACAGUAGCCGCUGUGUUGGCCACACUUAAUGAGGUCAUCUCAAAGAAUCCCGAUUUUGCCAAAUCAUUGUUAGAAGCGGGAGGUUUGGAAAGGCUUACGAUUAUUGUCAAACAAAAGGGAAAAUUUUCGCCGCGAGUCUCGAAGUUUACAUCUCAGUUAUUAUUUAAUAUGUGGCAACACAUUGAGCUGAGGGAGGUUUACAAAAAGGCCGGUUGGAAAGAAUCGCAUUUCAUAAUAAAUCCGAGGACAUUACUGUCCAGAACAAACUCCACGUCCACACCUAACAGCGCCAAUAAUACCUUAACGCGUCCGAUGAGUACAGUUGGCGGUACCCGCUAUGAGGACAGGACGUUACCACGUAAUGGAGGCACAGGACAUACCGUUAAUAUGAGUCAAAUGCAGAGAAGGCCUGAAGAGCUGGCACUGUCUGAUAUGAACCAUACGGAUGGUAUACUAUCACCAAAUCAACAACAUUUACAGCAACAACAACAGCAACCAUUACUACACCGUCCACAAGUGGCUGGAGUACCUGUUUAUCCUCCCGGAGCGACAUACGGCACCAGAAGUCCCACAUCAGAGCCCGUCUACGCUCAGGUGAAUCGGGAACGCAAGAGACAGACGUCGCGCCCCAACGACAGCUCAUCUCAGACAGCUUUACUCGGAUCUGAUAACUAUAUGCUUGACCACAAUGAGCCCAUAUAUCCGCCCGCAAUGCCGGCCGGCGACUCUUGGGUCUGAGCUGUUCAUAAUACACUCACUGUGUUUCCGAUUCAUUCAUUAAUUCAUAAAUACAUUUGUUGUCAUAAAUUGAAUCCAUUAUUAUUAAUAUCUGAAACUACUUUUGUCUGUUGUGUUUGAAAUGACUUUUUAUUCAAAAGAAAAAAUAAUAUACAAAUUAUACAAUUGUAAUGACAAACAAUUUUUUUGGAAAGUAAUAGUUGUGCCAAUCAUUUGUUUAAAU